UUUUCGUGUUAAGUCUAGAGAUUUCGAUUUCUUCCUAUUUAUACGUUCUUCGAUGCUCUGUGUUUACUCAAAAGUCGAUAAAUAAAUUUCAGAGAGACAAACAAAACAAUCGAAUCCAGAAGUUUACUUCUUGUAAUAACAUUCGAAAAAUGUCGAUGAUUCCGAGCUUCUUCGGCAACAACAGGCGCGGCGGCAGCAGCUUCUUCGAUCCUUUUUCUCUUGACGUUUGGGAUCCGUUCAAGGACUUUCCAUCAUCCUCUUCGUUUUCUCGGGAGAACUCCGCGAUUGUGAACGCGCGUGUGGACUGGAGGGAGACUCCUGAGGCGCACGUGUUCAAGGCCGAUUUGCCGGGACUGAAGAAAGAGGAAGUGAAGGUGGAGAUCGAGGAUGACAGCGUGUUGAAGAUCAGCGGGGAGAGGCACGUGGAGAAGGAGGAUAAGAACGACACGUGGCACCGUGUGGAGAGGUCGAGCGGGCAGUUCACGAGGAAGUUCAGGCUGCCGGAGAAUGUGAAGAUGGAUCAGGUGAAGGCUGCGAUGGAGAACGGGGUUCUGACUGUGACUGUGCCAAAGGCGGAGAUGAAGAAACCUGAUGUCAAAUCUAUUCAGAUCUCUGGCUGAUUCAAGCAUCCCAGGGCUCUGGUUCGAACUUGAGUAUGUAUUCUCGUGUGCUUUGGGUUCUUGUCUGUCCCAGUUCUGGUGUUUGCGAGUGUCUGUUUAGAGUUUCAAUGUAAUGGUUGUGAAAUGGUGUGUGUCGUUCUGUGAUGUGGAAUAAACUUUAUUAGUAUUAAGUUAAUGUGCAUGGACUCAACACCUUGAA